AUGAAAAGAGACGUAAGAGCAUUUGUGCAAGCUAUACAACAUCCAAAGAAAGGUGAUCUCGUUGCAGUAGCGCAUAGAGGAUGUCGUUUUGACGGUGUACCUGAAAAUAGUCGAAGUUCGAUCAAAAAGGCAGUUCAAAAUGGUUCAAUCUGUAUUGAGAUCGAUAUAAGGCUUACAUCAGAUAACGUUCCCAUACUUAUGAACAACCUUACGAUUGGUAGAGUAACCAAUAUUGCGGAGUAUAUGGCAAGAAAUGACCACUACUCACCUUUCACAGGCAGGGGAUACAGUCCUCUGGUCUCGGAAACUCCUUGGAAAGGAGUGAUAGAGAAUUUGAAAUUGAAAGAAGAACACGGUGAGAUAUGCGAUCAAGGUGUCUUGGAUUUCAAAUCAAUGCUCGACUUUAUCGAAGAAGAGGCUCUUGAAAUUGUUAUCAUGAUGGAUUUUAAGUGCAAAGAAGCGAUCACAGUUGUAUACGAGAUCAUGAAACAUCGAAAAAAUGCCUCUGGAGUUCCAGCUUUGGAAUGGUGCAUCUGGAAGAUAUAUGUCCACAUGUACAAGUACCCUGAUGAGCUUGAAAAAGAAUCUUGGUGGCAGGAAGCAUGUGCGAUCGGAAAGCCGCUCUAUAUACCAGCUUAUGCAGCUUGGUCUACAAAACAAUUAGCAGAUCCUUUAGCAUCGAUGAAAGCAUUCUCACAUCAUCCGAAUGUCAUGGCUCUGGAAAUCGAGUUGCGAGCGCCAGGAGGAAAUGCGCAGAAUCUCUUAGAUUAUGCCACUUCUGAUGAAUGUCCAAUUGAGAGCAUAGGUUUUUUCGCUGGUUUUGGAGAUUUGUGGAAGUGGGAUGACAAGUACAUCAGAUUCGAUAUGGGAGAAUACACUGCCCCUUGGAAUCUAGAUGAGCCAUACUCUCGUUUGGUUUUUAUAGUCAAUACUCCACCUCAAAAUAUUGAUGAUCUACUGACGGAGGGCGACUCACCUGAUGGACAUGACUAUCGAUCUGACUUGGCACUGUAUAGACAGCUAGGUUACACUUGGACCAUCACUGAUUACGCAAAGGAACAGAGAAAUAGAGGUUUGGUUAUCCGAUAA